CUCAACGGAUCUUCUGGUGCAACAACCAGUAAACCCCCUGGAGCUUUCCCAGCCGAGAUGAACGCAGGGCGAGCUAACUUUUUCGCAAUAGACUUUACGUCGCGUGCAUUACCCCAGUUGUCGAGGCUCGUCAUAUCAACGAUGAUGCUUAGCAUCUCCUUGUGUAGUGAUGACGAUGGAUCAGACAGCCCUUGGACGACAACCUUUGACCCGCGCAGCUCCUUGUCAAGCAGGUCGAGGCAUCGGGAUGACGACAUAUUAGGCAGAAUGAAAUCCUCAGAAAAUCGACUGGAAAGACCGGGGUUCGCGCCCAAAAGUUGAUUCAUCUCCUUCUCGUAUCCUGCUAGGAUGAUGACCAUCUUACCCAUGAACUUCUCGUUGGUCAUCAGCCCUACGAUUUCGUCGAUGGCUUCCUGCGCAAAAUGUCCUUGGCUGAGGUGAUAGGCUUCAUCUACAAAGAGGACUUUGCCGAUGGCCUUCUCGAAAAGUUUCUUCGUCUUGGGACCCGUUUGGCCAACAUACUCGCCAACGAGAUCCGACGCAGAACACUCUACCAGGCGAGGGGCGCAUGAUGGGGUAGCUGGAGCCAAAAAACUCAUCGCAGACGCCAUGGCGGUGGGAGGAGGCGCUAUCUUUAUCGACGAAGCAUACCAACUUGUUAGCGAACACCAGCACACAGGAGGUCAGGCGCUGGAUUUUCUUCUCGCCGAGAUGGAGAACCAAGUGGGUACUCUGGUCUUCAUUCUCGCGGGAUACAGCAAGCAGAUGGAGAAGUUCUUCGAACACAACCCUGGCCUUCCGAGUCGUGUUCCGUACUCCCUCAAGUUCGCAGACUAUACUGACGCGGAGCUUCUGACGAUGCUGGAAGCGCUCGUGGAGAAACGAUAUUCAGGCCAGAUGAAGGUGGAAGACGGCAUCAGGGGCUUAUAUGCUCGAAUUGCAGUGCGUCGACUUGGACGCGGUCGCGGUCGUGAGGGCUUCGGAAAUGCUCGGGCAUUACAGAACAUGUUUUCCAGGGUCGCCCAGAGACUAGCUGAACGACUUCAGAACGAACGCAAACAGGGAUGGCCCACUGACGAUUUUUUUAUCUUCAAAGAGGACUUUAUCGGUCCUGACCCAUCCCAGGUCCUUCCGCAAUGCGCUCCUUGGGAGAAGCUACAGAAAAUGAUAGGUCUCGAUUCCGUGAAAGACUCUGUCCGUAAUUUCUUCGACAUCGUCGACACGAACUAUCAUCGAGAGCUUCAAGAGAAAGAGCCCCUUGCGAUGUCUCUGAACCGCGUCUUUCUUGGCUCACUGGGAACCGGCAAAACGACAGUUGCGAAACUCUACGGACAGAUACUCACAGAACUAGGGCUUUUGAGCAACGGUGAAGUCGUGGUCAAGAAUCCGUCUGAUUUUGUGGGCGCGUACCUUGGCCAUACGGAGAAGAACACCAAAGCUAUCUUGGACAGUACCGUUGGUAAAGUUCUAGUUAUAGAUGAGGCGUACAUGCUAUACAGCAAAAAUUCUGGACACCAGGACUCGUUUAAAACGACCGUAAUUGAUACCUUGGUCGCGGAGAUUCAAAGCGUACCCGGAGAAGAUCGCUGUGUUUUGCUAUUGGGAUACAAAGAACAGAUGGAAGAUAUGUUCCAGAACGUGAACCCCGGGCUCGCUCGCAGAUUUGCCAUUGAAAACGCAUUCACCUUCGAGGACUUCACUGAGUCCCAACUUCGGGAGAUCUUGGACUUCAAACUGAAGGAUCAGGACCUCGGAGCCACAGACUCAGCGAAACAGGUUGCCAGCGAUCUUCUGAACAGAGCCAAGAACCGUCCUAACUUUGGAAAUGCCGGCGAGGUAGAGAACAUGCUCGGUCUGGCUAAAGCCCGCUAUCAAAAGCGUCAAGCGUCAGUGCCUCCUGAUCAACGUUCCGACGUGAUCUUCGAGGCUGAGGAUUUUGACCCGGAUUGGGAACGUGAUCGCAACUCUGCAGCUAAUCUCACGAAACUCUUCGAGGAUCUUGUUGGUUGCGACGACAUCGUGAAAAAACUAGGCGACUAUCAGAAAAUUGCUCGUGCGAUGAAGUCCUCUGGUGUGGAUAUGCGCAAACAAAUCCCAACGAGUUUCAUUUUCAAAGGACCUCCAGGCACUGGGAAAACGACCAUCGCGAGGAAGUUUGGUCAAGUGUAUUAUGACACGGGAUUCCUUUCUUCAUCCGACCUGAUCGAGUGCUCAGCCUCCGACCUCGUGGGGCAGUACGUAGGUCACACUGGUCCAAAGACGAAGAAACUUUUCGAGAAGGCCCUGGGCAAAGUGCUUUUCGUGGACGAAGCAUACCGGCUUAGUAACGGGCACUUUGCGCAAGAAGCCAUUGAUGAGGUCGUCGGCCUCAUGACCAACGAGAAGUUCAUGAACAAGAUGGUCAUCGUUUUUGCAGGCUACGAGAAAGAAAUGAACGCUCUGUUGAGCGUCAAUCCUGGCCUCGCCAGUCGUUUCUCGGAGGAAAUCACUCUGACCAACAUGACGGCGGCUAAGUGUCUUCAAGUACUCGACAAGGAAUUACAGAAGACGCAGAUCAUCCUGUCCGAGCUAGCCGAUACCUCUUCUUCUGCUUACUCCGAGAUGGAGAGUAUCAUCGACCGAAUGUCACGCUUGUCCAACUGGGGGAACGCCCGUGAUGUCAAGACCAUUGCCCAGAGGCUCACCCAUCACGCAUUCAAUGCUUUGGCAAAUACUCCUGGAAGUGCACCGUCGCUCACCGCAGAUGAGGCAAUAGCCGUCAUGAAGGAUCUGCUCAAUCAGCAACGCCAGCGGCUCAAUAUUCCACGCAUAGCCACUUCACCCCCAUCAAGUAUACCACCGAUGGCAUCUUCCAGCAAUUCCGCUCCUCCUCCACCCCCUUCCCAAUCAGGGUCUUCUUCCGCAACCAAUAAAUCUCGGCCACCUAAGCCACCUUCUCAGAACAGCUCUUCAUCCAAGCGGGCGCCGCCGAAGCCUCCUCCGCCAUCAGGGCCGCCCUCUACACCCAGCAGACCCCGCCCACCUAAUAAGCCACCUUCACAAGGUAGUGCAUCAUCCAGCAAAAAAUACCCGCCGCCGCCGUCUGCUCCCUCGUCGGCUGCAAACAUCACCCCGAAAUUCACUCCUCGUCGCCCGAAGCCGCCCAAAAAUUCCCAACAGGGGUCGCCUGCACCGUCCAGUUCUGGAAGUCUGCCUCCUCCCUCUAUUUCAGGAUCCCAAAGCAGUGCCCCACCGACUCCAGAUCCGCGAGGGAAAGCGAAGCGGUUACCAACUCAAAGCACCCAGCCUCGGUCUGCCAAUGGUGUUCAGCGCGACCCAGGAAUCGCCGAUGCUAUCUGGAGGCGAUUAGAGGCAGAUAAAGCUGCAGCACUAGAGGCUCAAAGGAAAGCAAUUGAGGAGGUAAAGAGGCGUGAAGCUGAAUUGAGUAGUGCUGCUGCAAUGCAGCGAGCUGCGGAGGCUGCAGGUCGGGCUCUUGCUGAGCAGAUUCAGAGGGCACGAGACCAGGCUGAGCAAGAAGAACUCAUGCGCCAGAAGGAAGCGAUUCAACGUCGAGCGGCAGAGAUGCAGGCAGCAAUGGAGAGAGCUGCUGCCGCACUCGUCCGAAUGCGUCAGGAGCAAGAGAGGAAGAAACGCGAAGAAGAGAGAAUACAGCAGAAGUUGAGGAACCUCGGCGUCUGCGUACAAGGCUAUGCAUGGAUCAAACAAGCAUCAGGGUACCGUUGCGCGGGUGGCUAUCAUUUUAUUUCCGACUCCCAGCUGCGCUAGUUCUGCGCACAUCAUCCAGGUUUGAUUGACGAGACACGACCAUGUUGAGCAUGUGCUGGUUUGGAAGUCAACGUUAGCUGGCAUUCUUCUGAACUCUUUUUCUUACAUCUUUUUGCUCUGUUCGUGCGCUCUUGCAGAUGCUGUAGUAUGCGUAUUUCAAAGUUUCUGUAUUCAAUAUCCUGAGGUAGAUUUACUUGUCGAACGCCACAGACUGAGUGAAUUCGAAAUAUAAAUUGACCGGUGCUCUUUGCAUACCAUUGUAAGCCC